AUGGAGCCGGAUCCUUCAGUCGUGUACAAGCCUCCAGCCUCUGUGGACGCAUCUCCGGACAUUAUAAUCAAAUCUUCAAACGGCCAGCUCCUUCAUGCCCACAAUUUUUUCCUCGGUGCAGUGUCCACCGUCUUCCACGGCAUGUUCUUCUCCCACGCCAACGAACACACGACCGAUGGCGAGCUACCUGUCGUAGAGCUAGCGGAGACGAGCAAAAUCCUCGCUACGUUGCUGUCUCUCAUCUAUCCUGGACCACGGACCCCCCGAAAUCAUUCAAUCUUCUUAACCUACGUCUUGGUAUCUGCUGAUGAGACGAAACUUGUCGUUGUGUACACACCACCUGCCUCAGUCAAUGCAGCUCCCGACGUCGCGAUCAAAUCAUCAGAUGGAUAUAUUUUGCAUGCCCACAAAAUCUUCCUCGGUGCCUACUCCACGGUAUUCAAUGACAUGUUCUCGCUCGAUGAAGGACACACGCCCAAUGGCGAACUCCCGGUCGUAGAGCUCGCAGAAGCAAGCAACAUUCUUGUCGCUCUCGUGUCACUCUUCUAUCCUGGUCCGAAGACUCCCCCGAGCUCGUUCAGGGUUGUCAAAGGCGUCUUGCUCGCUGCAGAAAAGUACGAGGUUUCAUGCGCUGCGGAUGCCUAUCGCCACUACCUGGUUUCUUUUCUCAGCUCGGCGCCUUGUGAAGUGUACUGUAUCUGCGCGGAUCUUGGACUCGACCAGGAGAAGGAAGCUGUGAUGUACCAAAUAUACACUCUCACCGAGAAGCAGGCACUGUCCCAGGAAAAGCAGGGUAUUCCGGCUCACCGUAUAUUGGAGAUGAUCUCGGCUCGAGGUGAUAGGACGUCAGCUAUCAUCACGGAGCUGACCAACAUGCUCACAUGGAAACAACGUUGCCGCACUUACGGUCGGCCAUGGUGUCAGACACGGAGGGCGACUCCUGCUUGGUUCGAUCACUGGCAGGAUCAAAUCCGGCUACAGAUCAUGGACAUACCCAUUAUUGGCGGCCAAUUUACUCUUCCAACCACGCACAAGGAUUCGUGCAACGAACCCAACUGUGCGUGUGAUAGCUGGGACCGUGACCGGUUUUUUGUGCUCAAAGAACACAUGGAAGCCAAAUUCCCUCUCAAAUCGCCGUAUCUUUAG